AUGCCAUGCCCCCAUGCCUUUCUUUCAUUAUGUGUGCACAGGGAAAGGGGAUACCCACUGCGGCCUGAGAUGGCAGAGAGUGCUUACUUCCUCUUCAAGGCCACAGGCAACCACACGUACCUGGAGAUCGGGAGGGAUAUUGCUGCAGCCCUCAACACAGUCACACGCACAGGUUGUGGGUUUGCAAGUGUUGGCGACGUGCAGACACAUCGCCUUGACGACCACAUGGAGUCAUUUCUGCUCUCUGAAACACUUAAGUACCUCUACCUCCUCUUCUCCCCUCACAUCGACAUCGCCGCCCGGUUCGUUUUCUCCACAGAAGGUCAUCUCCUGUCGCUGAACCUUCCCAGAAUCUUCCGUGUCGUCUGCCCGUCCGAAGACCACCCUGACAUGUCGCCAGCUGGCGACUGCCGAGUGGUUGCUGCCACUGCUGACAUGGAUGCUGACGUGGACACUGAUGUGGAUGCUGACAUGUCGCAAUCCGCCUUGCAGGCUCCAAACGAGGCACAGAAACCCCCGGAUGAAUCACAAAGACCACAGUCACAACCCCCCUUGCUCGAGAAGCAACAGCCCUCGUUUGAGUCACGCAAACCCUCGUCUGAAUCACGCAAGCCCUCGUUUGAGGCACGCGUGUGUGAGGACUCUCUUUCCGCCCUGGGCUCUCUAGUAGAUCCGGACUUGGCUUUAAGGCGACAGCUGGUUUGUGAGGCAGUGGUGGGGACGUUUGGGAGGGAGGAGCAUGGAGGAAAGGGGUGGUAUGGUGCAUGGGAGGACGAGGAUGAGGCGAGUGGGGAGGGGGAAGGAGGCGAGGAGGAAGAACGAGAGAAGGGAGAGGGGGAAGAAAGGAGGGAUGAGGUUGGGGAAAGGACGGAGGGAGAGGGUGGGGUUGGGAGAUUGAGAGAUGGAGCAGGGAGAGCAGGCGAAAAGGGAGAUGACAAGAGUGGGAUGGAAAGUGGAGGGGUGGAGGGUGGAGAAUUGAAGAGUGGUGUGCGGGUGAGUGGAGUGGCUAGUAAUGUGGAGGGAGAGAGAGUGCCAGCUAUAAGUGAGAAGGGGAGCGUGGAGGGUUCAAGGGAGAAGGAAGCGGAGACAAGGGAGGAAGGUUUGAAGGAGAUGGAAGAAAGGGAGACAAGGGAGAGGAGAGAGCGGAGAAUGGGGAGGGACGAGAGAAAGCGGAGAUUAGAGAGAGCUAGGGAAAGAGAGAGGAGGAAGGAAGUGGCCGAGAAAAACUUAGACGAGCGGCAGAGGGACAUGCAACGAGAACGAGAGUUGAGACGACUCAGAACGCAAGCAGCAGGGCUGCGGCUGAUGCAGGGGAGGAGGGACGAGAGAUGGAGGAGCCCUCUAGAGGAGGAGGUGUCUCGACUUGCUUCCUUCAUCAGAUUCCAGGAGCGGCAGAGGGAGCAGCAACUAGCGGCAGCCGCCGUCGCAGCAGCAGCAGCAGCAGCAGCAGCAGGGGGAGAGGAGGGAGCAGAGGGAGCAGGGCGAGAGGGUGUGGGUGAACAGGGGCAGUGUCCUGCAGGAGACCUGGACAAUAUUUUUCCCGAUGCUGCUGCCGCUGCCGCUGCUGCUGGUGCUGGUGCGGGUGGUACUGGUGAUGCUGCUAUGGGUGGAAGGCGGUUGGGAGGGGUGGUGUCGCGAGUCAUUGGUAACCAGCGUCUGCUGUGCUAUUUCAUGGUGGAUGCUUCACACGGCCCCUCCUGCUUUGCCUGGAACGCCCUCCCUGCUGCCUUCCCCUACCUUCAGGGUUUCCAGACCUUAACAGUCCCAGCAGAACCCACCUGUGUGGUGUGCCUGCUUGUAUGGUUGUGUCCCCCCAUGCUUCCCCUUUGCUCCCUGCCCACAUCCCUCUCCCCCCAUCCCUCACCAAUUCCCCUGGAGCACAAGAGCACGUGCAAGCCGCGCCGCGCUCCCCUGUGUGAGCACAAGGUCCCAGCAGCGCCCCCCUGUGUGGUGCGCCUGGUUAACUUCCCCCCACCCGAGAAUGAGGGUUCCUCCGGACAUCAAACGAAUGUGACUGUGCGAGAGGGUGAGGAAGAGGGAGGGGAAGAAGAGAGAGGGGUGAGAAAGAACGGAGAGAGUGCGGAGGUGGGUGAGGGGGAGAGGGUAGCUGAUGGGGGAGGUGAGGGGAGCGGUGGCGGAAGAGGGGAAGGGGGGUGGGAAACGGAAAAGGGGAGGAGGGGAGGAGGAGAGGGGAGGGGGGGAAGAGGGAAGGGGCAGGAGCUUGUGGAUACUGUGAGUGUAGACCUCCCUGCAGGGGCUGCUGAGUUUGGCCCUCUCCUUGGGAAUGGUGAUGAUGGGGGUGAUGGUGGUGAUGGUGGGAAUUAUGGUGGUGGUGGUGAUGGUGGUGAUGGUGAUGGUGGGAGUUAUGGUGGUGGUGGUGGUGGUGGUGGUGGUGGUGAUGGUGAUGCUGGUGAUGACGAUGGUUAUGAAGCAUCCCCUAUACAAGCAUGUGUGGACCGCUUGUCGAAUCCUGGCGAGGUGAAGGGGCGGGUGGUGGUGGUGAUGCGUGGGGGGUGUUCCUUCCAACAGAAGGUGGUAGCAGCACAGAGAGCAGGUGCUGCUGCUGUGAUUGUUGUGAACCAUGUUAUGGGGGGGGCGCCGCUCAAUAUGGCCCCUGAUGUUCCCCAUUCUGAUGCUGCCACGCCCGAUGGUGGGGUGGCAGAUUCAGAUGUAGUCACGUCUGGUGAGGAAACAGCAGCGCGUGAUGGUGUGUCUUUGGGGAAAAGCAACCCUUCAUCAGGAGACGUAUCCGAAAAAGGAUCGGAAGCAGCGGCAGAAGGGACAGGUUCGGAUGCAGUCACGUCUGGUGAGGAAACAGCAGCGUGUGAUGGAGUGUCACCAGGGAAAGGCAACCCUUCACCAGGAGACAUAUCCGAAGAAGGAUCGGAAGCAGCGGCAGAGGGAUUAGCAGCAGGAGAUGAAUCCUCAUCAGCAGCAGAAGGAUUAGCAAGAGGAAAAGGAUCAGCAGCAGGAGAAACACCAGGGGUAGGGGAUUCUGAUCCGGCAGUACGAAUCCCUUCGGUUAGUCUAGGCAAUGCAGAUGGCGCUCUGCUAUUGGCUGUCAUGCGAGGGCAGAUGAGUGUGAGAGAGGCUGCUAGGCGGAAGGCAGAGGGCGCUGAGGGGGAGAGGGAGGGGGAAAGUGAGGGAGGGAGUGAGGGAGAGAGUGAAGAUGGGAGUGAGGGAGUGCGUGAGGUGGAGAGUGAGAGAGAGAGCGAGGUCAAUUCUGGGAUUGUGCAAGACGGGACGGAAGGGGAGAACGAGUCUGGCUGUGAAGGGGUGGGUGGGGAAGAGUUUUCGGGCAGGAAUAAAAAAGAGGAAUGCAAGGAUCAAAGGGAUCAAGAGGGUUCAAAAGCACAUGGUAGUGGGGUGGAAGACGAAGGGGGAGGGGAUGGACUAAGCAGAUUGGAUGAUGGACGAGGACCGAAGGUGUGGGUGAAGCUGUUUUGCCCGAAGAAAAGGACGGAGGAUGAUCAGCCCGUUUUGUUUGAUGUGGACGUCAGCGUGCCACCGCAAUCACCAUUGCAAAUGCAGCAAGCUGUGAAUGCACUGAUCAUUCUGCUCAAAGGGGGGCACCUGAAUCGGCUCUUGACCUUUGCAUAA